AUGAGGUGGUGGAGAGAUGCGAUUUUUGCUUCAUUUAUUUAUUACGCCUUGGAGGCACAGGGGGUCCUGCACUCACUCUGGGGCAGAGGCCCCAGGGGUGCUGUGGGAGUGGGGGGCCGCAGGCUCCUGCUUCCUCCCUUUCCUCCCACUGCUCUUUGGGAAGUGCCAGGGGCUGGGUGGGCCAGGUGGUUCUGCUGGGGUUGGGGACGGGUCACCGGUUCGGGCAAGGGGAAGCUGCAGAUGACAGGGACCUGUCUGCUCUGCUGAGGGGAUGGGGUCUGUUUGGCUGGGAAGGAUGCAGGCACUCCUGGAGACCUCGCUCACAUGGCUGGAGGCACUGUCCUUUGCUGGGAGGGUGGUGUGCCCCUGCAGGAACCUGCAGCCCUCGCUCUGUCUCCCGCAGCCCUCUUCACCGAGACCCCCCACGACAUGACGGCGCAGGCGGGCGAGGACGUGGAGAUGGCGUGUUCCUUCCGCGGCACCGGCUCCCCCUCCUACUCCCUUGAGAUCCAGUGGUGGUACGUCCGCAACCACAAGGACUGGACGGACAAACAGACGUGGGCUUCCAGCCAGCUGAAAUCAUCACCACCAGAGGAGCCCGGGAAGGACGCAACCAAAAUCAGUGUGGUGAAGGUGGUCGGCAGCAACAUCUCCCACAAGCUGCGGCUGUCGCGGGUGAAGCUGGAGGACGAGGGGACGUACGAGUGCCGGGUGAUCGACUCCAGCGACGGCAAGGCACGGCACCACAAGGUGAAGGCGUAC